AUCAUUGCUAGUUUUAAGAAUUGUCAAUGUUUUUGUUUGAAAACAUUGAUUUAUUUUUUCCUUUUUUUUAAAAAAAAGGCUUUUUAAAUGCAAGUGGUGUUAUUUUGAAAAAAUGGAGGGUAAAGCUGAGAAAAGGGAAAUUUCACAAGAUCUUGAAGCUGUCUUAGUGCGUGUAAAUAAGGAUUCUCAAUCGACUCAAGAUAUUCACAUAACAAAGAACGAGUUUACAAUUGGUCGAAGCCUUCAAUGUGAUUUUAUAUUUAAAAACAUAAAUAUAUCCCGUCAACAUUGCAUCGUAAAAUUCACAGCCGAUGAACAAUGGUCAAUAAUAAAUUGCAGUGGAGUUAAUCCAAUUUACAUAAAUAAUAAACCCUUGAAUAAAGAUGAAAUUCAUAAUCUACAAGUUGGUGACAUUGUUCAUUUGAAUCCCGACGAGGAUUUUAAAUAUGUUUUCGCUCUAAAUAUAAAAUCAGGUCCAAUAACAAAGAGACCGCGUUUAGAGGAGAAAUUAUUGGACGACGUUAUUAAUGAGCAAAAAACAUUUAUGAAUGAACAAGAGGCGAAGAGAAAGGAACUUGAGGAUCAAUUGCAAAUAAAGCAACGUGAGCAAAAUUCCCUAAAAGAAGAAUUGGAAAGAUUGCGAAAGGAGAAGGAAAUAACGCAGGAACUUAAUAAACAAAUUGAAAUAUUAGAGCAAAAAAUUGAGAGUGGCAAUGAGGUGGAAAAAGAUUUACAUGGGAAAUAUCGAAAUCUUCUCGAUAGACUUGAGGAGGAGAAGAAAUUGUUUGAGGAAAAAUUAGCGGAUGAAAAGCAAAAAUGGGAGGAGGCGCUUAAUGCAAGUAAACAGGAGAAAGAAAUACUUGAGGUUAAUUUAAGGGAGCAGAUGGAAGAGUGGAAAGUAAAGCAGGACGAGGAGUGGAAGACAAAAUUGAAUUCUGUCGUUAAUGAGGAGAAAAAUGCGCAGGAUAAAUUGUUAACUGAAAAAAAUCUCUUGGAACAAAAACUCAAAGAAAUGGAGGAGACUCUGAAACAAAAGGAAAUGGCGGUUGCGAUUUCCCCACAAAAUAUUAUCGAAGCUCCGGUCGAUCUUCUGGACAACAUGAUUGUCGUUCAAUUAGCGCAGGGCUCGCACAGUGGAACUCCGAAUAAAUUAAAUAUCCUCGAUACAAUUGAUUUGACAUUAGACACUCCGCGAACAUCGUUUGUGGAACAGGCGAAUAGGGAGAUUUUCAAUAAAGUUGAAAAUAUAAUGGAUGACCAGCUAACUUGUAGCAUUUGUUCGGAAUUAUUUGUGAAGGCUAUGACCACGAAUUGUAUGCAUACGUUUUGCCAUCACUGCAUUAUGAUUUGGUUUACGAAAAGUGAGGGAUAUAUCUGUCCAGUGUGUCGAAGAACGAUUAUUAAUAUGACGAGGUCAUUGGUUAUUGACAAUUUUAUCGAGAAAAUGACCGAGAAUCUUCCGCCGGACAGCAGGAAUCGACGUAUGAAAUUCGUCAAUGAAAGAAUAGCGGUAACGAGGAAAACUCGAUAUCCAACUUUUCAAAAGUCUCAAAAGAGAAAAUAAAUAAAUAAAAUUUGUUAUACGCCAAAGAGACAAAAACAUUAAACAUUAAACAUUAAACACUUUGUAAACGGUCAAAGAAAUUCAACUCUCUUCUUUUAUAAAUAUAUUUAAAUACUUUUCCAACCAUGUUAAAAAGAAGAUACAAAAUGUUUAUGAUUGUCUUCUUUUGUGAUUUCAUAUAGAUAUAUAUAAAUUAUAUUUUUUUACUCCAGUACUUCGUAAAAUUAAGAAUUUAAUUCCGAAAAUUGAUUUUUUUUCUCCCGUAUAUUUAAUAGCUAGGAAUAAUUUAUCUAGAUUCGGAUUCGGUGUCAAGUUGACAAACUAAAAAAUCCCAUUGGUUAGAAAAAGACGAAUAUACGUCUAUCCUUUUCUUACCAAUGGUAUUUUUUGCUUCGUCCACUUACCACCAGGAGCCUUGGCUGGUAAUCUAUCAAAAUCUUAGUUGAUCGUAAUUUUUUGUUUCAUUAAUUCGUAAUUAAAUUUUUCCAUAAUUAGACAAAGUAGCACUUUUCGUUUUUUAUAUUUUGGUUUAAACAAAAUUUUCGUCUCACUCCUAAAGAGACAAUUUAUUAAAAAUAUAUAUAAUUUUUGUAAUGUUAAAAUUAAUUUAAAAUUUUAAAUAUUAAAAAUAGAAAAAAUAGAAAAAAUUUCUCGAACCGACAAAAAGAUACUGAUUUUCAUUUCAUCGAAAUGUAUAUAUAUAAAAUUAAGGACAAUAUUUUCCAUAACUUAGAAAUGGAAGUUUUGAGAGGUAUAGUAAAUAAAAAAAUGGCAAGAAGAAUAAUUUGCAUUGUUUUUUUUUAAUAACUACUUUUUUUACUUUACCUUACAGAUUAAAGUGACUUUUAUAAUUAAGAAGUCUAUAGCGAAUAAAAUAACUUUAUACAUAGAAAAAUUAUGACUUGUCGAAAGAGACAAAAUCUAUUUAGUUUUUAGAAAGAGAGGAAGAGAGGAGAAAGGGAGAAAGAGAAUUUAUUCAAUGGUCCUCGAUUACAUUAUACACAAUGAGGAAAAUUGAAUAUUUAUAAAGCAAUAAAUCUAUUGCGCGCAUCAUUCAAAAAAAAAA